AUGGAUUUUCUUGAUUACGACGAAACAAAGAAAUUGUUUGAGAAGCAUUGUCCAACCCAUGUUAUUCAUCUUGCUGCUAAAGUUGGAGGACUGUUCCAUAACAUGAGUGACAAUCUGGGAUUUUUCCGUUCAAAUAUGCAAAUGAAUGACAAUAUUUUAGCUUUAAGUCACGAGUUUAAAGUUGAGAAAGUGAUUUCAUGUCUAUCAACUUGCAUAUUCCCAGACAAAACAACAUAUCCGAUUGAUGAAACAAUGAUUCAUAAUGGACCACCUCAUGAAAGUAAUUUUGGUUACAGCCAUGCAAAAAGAAUGAUAGAUGUACUAAAUCGAGCCUAUCAUGAAAAACAUGGCAAUUGUUUCACUUCAGUUGUCCCGUGCAAUGUUUUUGGUCCCAAUGAUAAUUUCAAAGAAGGCGUAAGUCACGUAGUACCAGGAAUGAUUCAUCGUUUGCAUAAAUUGAUCUAUAUUGACGAUCAAACAACAAAAGAAGAAGAUAAAGAGUUUAUGGUUUAUGGUAGUGGAAAGCCAUUAAGGCAAUUCAUUUAUUCCCUGGACCUUGCAAAACUUUUCAUCUGGGUACUUAGGAAUUAUGACAGCGCUGAACCAAUCAUUUUGUCUGUAGACGAGCCUGCCGAAGUUUCGAUUGCCCAAUUAGCUGAGUCUAUUGUAAAAGCUUUCAAUUUUCGUGGAAAACUUAGCUUUGACACUUCAAAGGCUGAUGGUCAAUAUAAAAAAACAGCAUCAAACAAAAAACUUCGCCAACUUUUACCUUCAUUUGAAUUUAUAGAUUUUGAUACAGCAAUUAAAAAAAGUGUUGAUUGUUUCAAUUUGAUACUCCGAGAGAUGAGUUACCGAAAAAAGUUACUACGUCGUCAAAUGACAAUAAUCCCAAAAUUAGCCAUUUUUAUAGGAUUUCUCUUUUGGCUUGGUUUCAAUACCCCAGAUUAUGAUAUUGGUGAAGUAUUAGAUAGAAACAUGAUUGAAAUUCAUAAGACAUCUUAUGAACAAUUGAAGACAACGUACUCAGAUGAAGAUCAAAUUUUGAAUGAAUUUAUUGCGCAUCAAUUUGAAAAGAAGGAAAAAACUUCUGAGAAAACUUCUGACGAUCCAAUGUUGGCGCCAGGAGAGUUGGGAAAACCUGUUAACCUUCCUCAGAAUCUCUCACAGGAAAUUCAAAAAAAGGUUGAUGAUGGAUGGACACAGCAUCAAUUCAAUCAAUACGUUUCAGAUCUUAUUUCAUUAGAUCGAACUCUUCAAGACAUCCGAACAGAAUAUUGCUUAAAUGCAGCAAAAAAAUAUUCUCAAAAUUUACAAUCAACAUCUGUUAUAAUAACAUUCCAUAAUGAAGCAUGGUCUACUCUUCUCCGAACAGUUCAUUCGGUAAUAAAUCAAUCACCAGAACAUUUAAUUAAAGAAAUUAUUUUGGUUGAUGACUUUAGUGAUUUAGAUCAUUUGAAACAACCGCUUGAAGAUUAUAUGGCGAAUAAUUUUCCAAAAGUUAAAAUUCUAAGAACAGAAGAAAGAAAAGGUCUUAUUAGGGCACGGAUUAUGGGGGCUGAUGAAGCAAAGGGACAGAUUCUUACCUUCUUAGAUUCUCAUGUGGAAUGUUUGGCUGGAUGGCUGGAGCCACUUCUUCACCAAAUAUCAGAAGAUUCAACUAAAGUUGUGUGUCCAGUGAUCGAUAUUAUAAAAGACAACACUUUUGAAUUAAUUUUUAAUAAUAAUCCAACUUAUGUCCAAGUGGGGGGAUUUGAUUGGUCGUUAAAAUUCACUUGGUACAUUGUUCCAGAAAGGGAAAGAAAAAGAAAAAAAGAUCCUUCGGAGCCAACAAGAUCACCAACAAUGGCAGGUGGAUUGUUCUCAAUAGACAAAAACUUUUUUGAAAGAUUGGGAAAAUAUGAUCCUGAAUUUGAUAUCUGGGGUGGAGAAAAUUUAGAACUUUCGUUCAAAACUUGGAUGUGUGGAGGAACUUUAGAAAUUGUUCCAUGCUCGCAUGUUUCGCCUUACAAAUGGCGAACUGGCAUAGAUGCUGCUGGACGGAAUGCUGUUCGAUUAGCUGAAGUUUGGCUUGACGAGUAUUCUAAAUAUUUUUAUGAAAAAAGUGGAAAGACUAAUAUAGAUUUUGGAGAUAUAAGUGAGCGUGUAAAACUUCGUCAAGAUUUGGGAUGCAAAUCUUUCAAAUGGUAUCUUGAAAAUAUUUACCCAGAACAUCCGAUCCCUUUAACAAUUAUCGGCCAGGGAGAGAUAAGAAAUUCAGGUUUUGGUGGAAAUCAUUGUUUAGAUGCUGGAGACGGCAAAUUUAUAAUUUUAUAUAAUUGUCAUGGUCAAGGGGGGAAUCAGUAUUUUACUUUAUCUGACCAAGGACAAAUCAUGAAUAGUGAAAAAUGCUUCGAUUAUUCAGAAGGAGAUGAUAUAAAUUUGGCUGGCUGCGCUAGAAGAUAUCACAAGCAGAAAUGGUCAUAUGAGAAAGAAACUGGAUUCAUUCGCCAUACAUCAUCAAAUAAAAUCUUAGUUAUUAGUAAAGUGUCCAAUGAUCUAACUAUACGAAUGCUUCAUGAGACUGAAAUGGAUAGAAAUAGUGAAGGAAAUAAAUGGAUUAUUGAAUCAUUUGAUCCUUAAUUCAUAUUGUAAAGAAAUUUAAAUGACUUAGGGUUAAUUAAUUUUGAGAUUCUAUCC